CUUUGCGACAUUUGACAGAUGAUAAAGUGGCCGCCGUCCUAUGGUACGAUCCGUCCGUGUAAAAAGCCACUCCUAUCAUAGUUAAAUCGAAAUUCCGCCUUUGCUGAAAGUGUCUUACAAGAAAUGUAGGUUUUGUGUUUUGAAUACGUGACAGUGAUAUGGCUUAAUUGUUGAGUAGACAAGCAGUAAUCAAUCAAAAUGAGUGGGCGAUCGAACCGUGGUGUGUUUGGGAAACUUUUCUCAAAAAAGCAACCAAGAGAAAGAGAAGAGCGGGUGACUGACAUUGGUAUGCCCACAGAUGUGAAACAACAUAUACACGUUAGUAAGAACUCAGAAACGGGUCUGUUGGAAGGAUUGCCGACGUCCUGGUUGCGGUUGUUGAACACACAGAUUACGCCCGCCGAACAAAAUGAGAACCCUGACGCGGCCAUCCAGGCCGUUAAGUUCCACAUGUACACAAUCAAAAAGGAGAAGGCUCCCGACGAGCCAUUCAAGCCGUUCCUCACUGACGAGGCUAUCACUGAGGAAAAUAUAGAAAUAGAAAAGUUGCUAGAUCAGAAGAGUAAGAACCAAAGCCAGGAUUCAGAUCUAUCGAUCGGCCAGAGCAGUGAGGAGGAGGUCAAUGACAUAUUCUCUCAGAGGCAGACCAUGCCUGCUGCACCUAUUAAGCAUGGCCUGAAGAAAAAGGAUGCUGUUAUGGACCUGACAGCUAACGUAGAAGACUUAUCUCUUAUUGGAAACGAUCCUGAGGAGAGCCCCAUACUGAGGAAGAAGGAGCUGAUAUAUGCAACUCUGAACGAUGAGCAAAUAUAUGAAGAGUUGAAGAAAAUAUGCAAUAAGGAUGACCCUUACGUCCGGUUUGAAAGGAUCAAGCAAUUGGGUGCUGGUGCUUCAGGUGUGGUGUUCGUGGCCAUAGACAGUAAGGACAACUCUAAAGUGGCCAUCAAGGACAUAGACUUAACCAAACAAAGCAAGAAGGAACUAAUACUCAAUGAAAUUAAUGUGUUGAAGGGUUUCAACCAUAAGAACCUGGUGAACUUCCUCGACGCGUUCCUCAGUUACGAUCACCUGUGGGUCGCUAUGGAACUGCUUGACGGCGGCUCUCUCAACUACGUCGUGACUGAAGUCGUCAUGAAGGAGGGCCAGAUCGCGGCUGUGUGUCGUGAAACACUACAAGCCAUAGCCUUUUUGCACUCUAAAGGUACAAUACACAGGGAUAUAAAGUCUGACAAUGUUCUGCUCGGCAUGGAUGGCACAGUCAAAGUCACAGACUUUGGGUUCUGCGCCAACAUCAUAGGGGAUGAGAAGCGACAGACUAUGGUCGGCACUCCCUACUGGAUGGCGCCUGAAGUGGUCACCAGGAAGCAGUACGGUAAGAAGGUAGACGUGUGGUCCUUAGGUAUUAUGGCGAUCGAAAUGAUCGAAGGUGAGCCGCCUUACAUGAAGGAGUCUCCUCUGAGAGCUCUGUAUCUGAUCGCGGCAGUCGGACGGCCGACAAUCCCCAGAUGGGAGAAGCUAUCACCAGAUUUCCAAGACUUCCUUCGGAAGAGUUUACAAGUGGACGUAGAUUUGCGAGCUUCGGCGGACGAGCUCCUAAGACACCCGUUCCUGGACUGCGCGAUGGAACUGAGAACACUGACGCCACUCAUCAAGGCCGCACAAAAGAUUCACCACAAGAACCAGGACUAGACUGGUAAUUGUUCCAUUCCUCUAUUAAGUCUACUUGUAACACUUUUAUAGCCUUUUUACAAUUUUGUAUGCUCUUUAUGAAUGUAAUGACUGUAAUGAGGUGCCAAGUUUUGCAUAGUAAUUUACAAGGUUAUGAUGACUGUUAAGUGGACAAUACUAAAACGCCAAUAUUAUACAGGGCAUUAUUUGAGAAGUUUUAAAGGAUUUCAAACAGAUGUUUGGUGGGCGGAAAGCAUACUUUAUUAGCUUAGUUGUUUAUUCAUAGAUAGAGCUACACUUUUUGCUGUACGCAUUUAGCUUAGAAUCGCAAAAUAUUAAUUUUGACGGCACGCUAGGCGCGUAUAGCUUUUGUCUUAUCUGUAGACUCGUAUAGAUACGGUAUCUCCAACUGAUAUAGAUAUUCACACAUCACAUUACAGUACUCCCUUAACCAAAUGUUUUAGGGGAUAAAUCAAAUUUAUAAUUUUUGUACAAGAAAAUGCCAUAAUUCUGUAACGUGAGUUGCAAUAUACAAAUAAGGCUAUUCGGCUAAGAAUUUAGUUACUUAAUAAUAAUUUAAUCUGUCCAAAAUUAAGUAUUUUUCUAUUGUAAGAUUUUGAAAACUUUUUGGACUGAUGAUGUCUGAAACUAUAUUUGGGAAAUCAACUUUAAAAUAUAAAAUGAAUUGCCAUUCUUGACUCAGGUCGCCAUAUAAAUAACAAAGCAACGAAAUUCAAUAAAAUAAUAUUAGUAAUGUAUAAAAAUUAGAUCGUUAUCACUUUUUAUAUCGUAAACAAUAGGGAAAUAUAGUUAUUUGUGGCUUCUGGUCGCAAACAGAUAGGUAGGCCCUUUUGAUAACAUAAGUGAUUGGUGCACAGAUAGGCUAUUACCAAAAAUGUACAUAAACGAAAUAACUUUUUUUAGCUAGUCGUAAUCAUUGCAUCAUUUAUUUUUAUAAUUAUAUAUUUUACCAGAUCAACCAAGUGCAAAAGUUUAGGAACAUUACAGUGUCACAUUCCUUCCAAUUUCUUUAUUCCAUGUAAAAAGAAUUCCGUGAACAAAACAAAAAGGCUCGAUUUUUAACUUCUAUUUAUACUUCUAACAACAUAAAAUUAAGACUGGAUUACAGUGCUGCAUUUUUUUAAAUAGUAUUAGCCAUUCCUUAGAAACGAGAAUAGUUCUAAGCACUGAGCAUAACAUUAUACGGCGUGUAUUCUAACAUUCACUAACACAAUUUAUUUUCGUCACAUUGCAAUUUACAUUAUAAGGCAUUUUUGAUGCGCACACUGAAAUUAUUUCAAAGAAUUAAUUUCCAUUCAAUGCAGUGCUCAAAUUAUUAAAGUAAUUAUAUGGCGGAUUUUUUUAUUUUUAUAAAAAUGAACUCUAUCGUAUUCUGAUUACAGUAUAUUCUGCUUUGUAUGUAAAAUUCUGUGUAUGAAUUAAAAAAUAGUCUGGUCAUGGUAAAUAAGGAAAUGUUUAGUACUAUAAAUAAUUUGUAUCUAUAUAUUUCAAAUAAUAUGUUGUACUACGUCUAUGUAGUAUGUAUGUGUAGGAUAAUUUGAUUUUGCUUACUUCUAGUGUUCAAUGUUAUUUUAUAUUUUUUCUUAAUGGUAAAAUGGCUAAAAGGCUGUUUUAGGGUAGAAAGUACUACUUGUAGAAUAUACUCAGUCUGAAGUGUGUUUAUGCUGUCGUCACGAUUUUCAUGUGAGUAGAUAAGCCUGUAAAUCUUGGAUUUUAUAUGUCAUCAUUGUCUGUUUUGCCUGAUAAUCUCUGCAUGCGGUUGCGGUAUUAAUCCAUAAGCAGCCAUGACAACAAAAUACCACUGUAGCUAUAAUAUGCGUAGCCUAUAGUUAUAUUGUAAGUGCAAAAAGUAAAUAGUAACGAAAUCUACGUUACAUCAAAAAUAUAGAAUGGAUAAAACAGACUUAAUUUUUAGCUUGUGUGAAACAAACUUAUGUUUUUGCAUUUUUAAGUUUGAUGGCUGUAUUCUAUGACCACGAAUUCUUUCCUCGUAAUUUUUCCUGAAAUACGACAGGUUGAAAAAGGCCAUAAUUCAGCUAAAAUUGCUGGAAGUGAUAUCAAGGAUAAGAAAGUGAUAUUUAACAUCAAAUUCCAUGUUCUAUGACCAAUUUUAUUGAAACAAGUUCAACAAAAUAGUGCAUUUUAAAGAAGGUCCAAAAACAGUGUAAUAUGAAAUGUAUUUUGAGAUUCUUUUAGUAUUAUAUCAGUAUCUAUUUUAUCUUAUGAUUUUUUUAUAAGUCUCAAUGUCACCUUACCGCUAUAGUUGUGGGAGAUGAGUAUUUCCCUGCCAGGAGUGCCUGCUUCAUACAGCAAUAGUAUAGAUGUACUUUUAUAGACUAGAUUUUAAGCAUUUUCAUCGACACAACGAAAUAUCGUGUGAAUGCUGUUCUAUAUGAUGAGACCACUGUUGUAAAAAAUAUUAAAGAACUAUAAUUUCGUAAUACAAGUGUUCAAUGUGGCUUUUGUAGGUACAGACUCCACUCAGUAGUACAAUGCAAGCAAGUGUACCUACGUGUCCGCUUUGAUGCGUAGCCCCAUUAUGUCAUCAAGGAAUUACUUAGUAAGCCGAGAUCUCUCACAAGCGAAUUGUCGCUUCCCGAUCGCGUAUUGUACCUACACUUACGAACAUUCUACCAGAUGGUCAUCUUAUGAGAACAGCUGUAUGUAUUGACGCUAAUACCCUAUAAUUGUAAGAUUAUAUACACAAAGGACACUUUUUGAACAUUUUAUUAAUAUAAUUUGCCUAUUAAAUUAUUUUUCUAAAAUA